AUGCCAAAUUCACCAUUGUUUUACCAAGCUGGCAAUAGCCAAAUGGUUCCUUUCAUCAUGCAUGAUACUUCUAGUAUGCGUGUUGAGACAAUUAGGGCCGUUUCCCAGAAGUCCUUGGGUUCCGUUAUGGUUGUCCAGCCCACUCAGGCCUUUUGGGUUUCUGAAUGGUCUAUUAUGGAUCCAGAACCAAUCCAGCACUGCCAGAAAGCCCCACACUCUCUGGCUCUGACUUUGCCCCCUUCAGCCAUUAAGCUCCUCCUAAGUGGUCUCAAUUCACAAGCUGAGGGGCGGGCUGAAGACACAAGGGAUCACCUGAAGCAGAAACAAAGCCAGCUGUUCUGUGGCCUCCCUUGUCUACACAGUGAGUCCCUGGUUGCCACCUUCAUGGGCUCUCAACGCUUUCAAGAGGACAAUGAGAUGUGUGUAGACAGUGCCCAAGACUUCCUGGUUGAAGCACAGGAGGAAGAAAAAGUGGAGACGGUGUCUCUAGAAAGGCAGAGAGGUGCUUGUGUUGCACACUUGACCAGGACACCCCUCUCUAGCAAACGAAAUUUCCAUCUAGGAAUAAAGGACCAAGACAAACAGUUGGGAACUCCCAUGAAGUCACGGGAGUCCAAGGACCAAAUUAUAGACAUCCUAGAAAGCAUAUCCACACAAGGGUCACCUGGGAGUCCAACCAGUCCAGGACAAACCUUGCUAGAGGAAUUCUCCAUCCCAACAGGCAUUCCACAUGCCCCAGAGCCAGAACUGGGCCACCUUACAGAGCAGCAGUCCACUGAGCCAAAUGCAGUACGGCAGAGCCAGAAGUGUGUGAGUGCCACAGCAGUGCUCCGUGAUCCUUCCCACUGUGUCCCCAGCGUCACACAACCCAGUGGGGACAUGACAAAUGCCCAGGUGCUUUGUGUUCAGGCAGAAGCCAGAGAGAAUAGCCCCACACUGGGGGAGCCCUCGUACCCUGAGUCUCAAGACUCUGACAAGAGCAAGCACUCAGCCCAAGUUCUCAUGCUGGCAGAAAAGAAAGAACUCCCAGGGACGCCCAAGCCAGCCAGGAAUCAUGGCAAAGGGGAUGCAGAGAUUGGAUUUUCUUCAUCCAGACAAGAUAGACAGCCUGCUGAAGACCAGAGGCCAGGGGAAGCAGAACCCAGGAGAGAGAGCAUUGAUCUUACUGUUUCCUGUCAGCUGAGUCUUCAGCUCCCAGAACUGCCUCCAAGAAUCCCUGAGGAGGAAGAAAUCAAACAAAAUUAUGUGCAAGACAGUCAGACAAAGCUGAAUCUCACCACUGAGUCAGCAAGGAUUACUGGGACGGCCCAACCUACAGUGUGCCAGGCUUCACAGGAUCUAUCUUUGUUGACCAUACCUGUUCAGGGUAAGCCUUUGCAACACCAAACUCCAAACGAUCAGAUUCUCCAAGGUCAAGUGACAACAGCUCAUGUUCACAAGAGCCCCAGCCUUCUAGAUUCUGGCUUCAGAAAUAAGUUCAAACAUUUCCAGCAAUACAUUAAUCCUACUACAAAGGGCAGAGUGGGUCAUGAAUCUGUGAUCUUUCCUGCACAGAAGAUGAACAAAACAAGAGAGCAAAGUGCCAAGAGGAGCCUGGCCCUAAACAAAGGGCUUGUGGAGAAAGCUAAGGCAGGGAAGACAGAGGGGGACCCAAAGGCCCAGCCUUCCCCCAUUGAGAAGCAGAUGGGUCUGGCAUUUUUGAGUGGUCCCAAGGCAGCCGACAACCGGCUCCGGCUCCGCGCUCACCAGCUCUGUUCUGCCCUAAUCCUAGGCCAGCCCCGUCACUGUCCUCGGCACUGUCCUCGAAGGCCUUGUGCCGCCCAACCAGGAAACCCUCUCUAG